UCAUUUUUUAUUUGGGGCCCCUUUGCUUAUCAGUUAUGUUAAUUUAAUAUUUUUUAUUUUUAAUAUUCAUAUCUGUUUCUCUCUACGGGUCUCGUGCCGUGGGUGCAAAAGUGCUACACAGAGGGAAUCCAUUCAAGGCAGCAAUUAAAGGGGUGGUUGAGCUCGGACAGUGGUGCAUUUUUAUGUGUUAGAAAGAUGCAGAGACGGGAAAUUUGGGCGUAGAAAGCCAAUGGAUUUGUGGAGCUGUAAGCAUAUGGGAUUCUCUGGUCGACAUAUGAACUCUUUGGCUUGCAGAUGCCUCUCUUUUGUGUUUAUUGUUCUUGUUUUCAGAGCUUUAAUGUUUCCUACUUUCCCUAAUUUUGGUGGGUUCCAACAGAACAACUUAUUACUGGUCCACAGCUCUUCUUCACAAUCAGAUUCUGAAUUUGGAGUCAGGAAAGAUAAGUUCCUUGAGGUUCCCCAGAUUGUUUGGGGACUAAACAAUCAGAAAAUUGCUUUUGCAAGGGCUUGUCUAACUGCAAGAAUGCUGAACAGAACUCUGUUGAUGCCUAACUUAAGUGCUUCAUUAUUUUACAAAGAAGUCGAACUAUUGCAGCCCAUUUCCUUUGACAAGAUUUUUAAUUUUGAAAGGUUUAAUUCCCUCUGUAAAGGGUUUGUGCAUCUGGGUCGUUUCUCGGAUAUUUCUAAUCGAGCUAGAGUGUUUGAGCUUCAGAAAGGAAGUGGAAGGAAGUGGACUGUAGAGAGAGAUUUGAAUCAAUUAAGACAGAUUAAAGAGAAUUCAACUGAUGAUUUUGAGGUAAUUCGGAUCGUUGGUAAGAAUCCAUUUAUGUGGCAUGAUCAUUGGCCUGUUAAGGAUUAUGCAAAGGUCUUUGAAUGUUUGGUUUUAGUAGAUGAGAUAGCAGAGGAAGCCGCAAAGGUUGUAUCAAAGAUUAGAGAAAUGGGAAGUAGCACAAGGAGAGGAAGAGAUACUCUAAGAACUAAUGUUGACUUCAAGAAUUCUUCUUCCCAGCCUACACCCUAUGUUGCUGUCCACAUGAGGGUAGAGAAAGAUUGGAUGAUUCAUUGCAAGAAGCUAGAGCAAAGGUCCAGCAUUAACCAAAUAUGCAGCAGCAAAGAGGAGAUUGUGGAGAGAGUACAGCACAUUGUUGGUAUGAGAGGCUCCACUAUUAUUUAUCUCGCCGUAGCUGAUAGUCUUCUUGAAGAUUCCUCAAUCUUGAGUGGUUGGAACGAAGGGUUACUUCUUUUUGAAAAGAAGAAGUUGGGAGUCUGGGAUAUCUACAAGAAAUACCCUUACCUCAUUAAAUCAGCAAUCGACUAUGAAGUGUGCUUGAGGGCUGAUGUCUUUGUUGGGAAUAGCUUUUCUACAUUUUCUAAUCUUAUAGUACUUGAGAGGACACAAAAAAUGAUCAGAAUGGGUGUGACAAGAUCAUGCGGCUUGGAUGUAAGAUGGCCGUCUUAUGCCUAUAAUAUUUUGGGGGAAUCUGGAGGACCUCAGAGAUGGAUGACAGAAAUGUCUGAUUCAAACCUCCAAGCCAUUAGCUAUGGUACUAAUAACAUCUCUUGUUGAAAGUGCUGCAGUCCUUUUGUUCUUUUGUUCUCCAAAGACCCACUGGCUCUGCUUCUUUUCAGUGACAGAAUUGAACACUUCGGCUUCAUGGGUUGGUAUAACUUCCAGGAUAUAUUCUUUGUAACAGUCAUGAUAACACAGGAGAUUAGGUGAUAGUCAAAAGUAUUUUUCAUAUCUGUAAAUUGGAAAGCUUUUUAAAUUCUUUUUCAAGGAUUAACAAGUUGUACUUGUGUUCAUAGUUUCAUAGAGAAGAUACGUCUAUUUCAUGUUUCUUUGGUAAUAUUUGUUGAACAUAUCUUGGCCAAUGUAGGAGGCUUAUUUAUUUAUUUUAUUUUUUAUUUUUUAUUUUUAUUUUUUAAAUCUUUGAAUGAUGUUGUAGUGGAGAAAACUAUAACUGCAGAUGGAAUGAAGAUCGACGAUUCUUCGUACAACUUUCUUCAAACCCAACAAAUUAAUCUACUACAUUCUUGUUCUUUUCUUUUGUGACCAAAUAAUAUUUUCUUGAAGAAGAUUUUGCCCUGCAUGCAUUAUACUGCUAUGAAUAAAGAAGGUGCAACUACUGAUACAGGUAUGGUCAUUGUAUUCCCCUGCACCUCCUUUCAUGUGCUCCUUAUUUGUUUCAACCUUAAUGCUUUCAUUUUGCCUUCCUUUAUGGGAUAGAUGAAAGUCGUAUUGGAAAUUGUCCACCUGAGUCAUUUCACUUGUGCUGACUUGUCUUUGUUGAGAAUACUCAAUACUGUCCCUUGGGAUUUUGGCUGGUUAUAUUGCAGGUAUAAAGAUUAGAGGGCAGGCCUUGCUGCAAGAGUAAGGUUGGUCCAUUGUGAACUAGUGGUUGCGGGUUCGAGUGGGGAAAUAGCCUCUCCGCAAAGUGAGGGCAAGACUGUACAUUAUGACCCUCCCCAGAUCCCGCAGUGGUGAGAGCCUCGUGCACUGGUACACCCUUUUUUUUAUCUUGUCGGUAUAAAGAUUGGUGGGGUGCCCAUACUCUACACCCGAACAAUGUGAAGUACUGCCUUAAAUCUAUUGUACCUUCUCUCUUUCCAUCUGUAAUGAGGAAAUCAGUAAUUUUAUUUUUACCCCUCAUCUCAUUGACCCCUUCUACCCACCUUGUUAUUCUGAAUUCAAAUGUAAAGCCUUAUGCCAUAUCCUUUCUUUUGGUGGAGUUACAGAUUUUACAGAAUCACAUGAAUUUCUAAGUUUUGUCUGCUUUGCUGGAUUGUGUUGGUUGCAAA